UAAUGCAUUUCUCUCGCUUUCACUCUGGACAGAAGAUUCUGGCAGGGGCUCAAAAAGAAUGGCACCCUUGUGGUUGUUGGGUGUGUUUCUCACUGGCACUCUCCUGUCUCAGACUGAAGGAGUUAUAGAGGAUGUUGCCCUGGGCAGUCCAUUUGUGGAAAGUGCUGUAAGUGAAGCCAUGGAACUCGUGGACACGGCCUACAAAAUGUCCAGAGACCAACACAAGGAGAAACUGAGAAAAAGGUCCCUGAGAACAACUGACCUUCUGCGUUUCUUUAAGCAACCUUUCGCAGAAACGAGGAGAGCAGUGCGGUCAGCAGAGUACAUGGAAAUGGCAAUGCAUCUUAUUCAACGCAAUGUUCAUCGAAUCCACAAGCGGUCCCUGAAUGCAUCAGAUUUGUUAACACCAGCUGACCUGGAUACCAUUGCACGUGUCACAGGCUGUCUGGCCAUACGUCAACCUCCAAUAUGUAAAGACGACUGUUUUUCAGACCGAUACAGGACUUUCACCUCUGUGUGUAACAACAGGAGGAAGCCUCGCCUGGGAUCGUCCAACAUUGCACUCAGCCGAUGGCUCCCAGCUCGCUAUGAAGAUGGGUUUUCACUUCCACUGGGCUGGACUCCAAUCAGGCUGCAUUUUGGAUUCCGGCUGCCACUGGUUCGACAAGUGUCAAAUGUUAUCCUGAGAACAGCCAAUAAAGAUGUGGUCUCAGAUUUAACAAGAAGUCAUUUUUUUAUGCAAUGGGGUCAGUGGAUUGAUCACGACAUGAGUUUAAGCCCUUUUAGUGGCAGCCUCCAGACCUUCAAUGAUGGCAUCAAUUGUGACCGAACUUGUAUUCAGCAAAGUCCUUGUUUCCCAAUUAAGAUCCCUCCAAGUGACACAAGAAUCAAGGACACAACUAAAUGCUUGCCGUUCUUCCGGUCAGCUCCUGCGUGUGGCAGCGGUGAGCUGGGUGCAUUAUUUGGAGAUGUCAACACUCGUCAGCAGAUCAAUGCACUUACUGCUUUCAUUGAUGUGAAUGAGGUCUAUGGCAGCACAGACUGUUUGGCCAACAAACUCAGAAACCUCACUAAUGAACUUGGCCUGUUGGCUGUCAAUGAGAAAUACUCUGACAAUGGACGAGAAUAUUUACCAUUUAACACCAUUUCAAGCAACCUUUGUGGAAGUAUGGGGGAAAGUUGUUUAACCAGUGAAAAUUCAACUCCAUGUUUUUUGGCUGGAGAUGUACGAGUGAAUGAACAGCUAGCCCUGUUAUCAUUACAUACAGUGUUUCUCCGGGAACACAAUCGUUUAGCAAGAGAGUUGAAGAGAAUGAACCCUCACUGGAGCGGAGAUACGACCUAUCAUGAAGCGAGAAAAAUCCUGGGAGCUUUUCAGCAGAUAAUAACCUACAGAGACUUUCUUCCAUUGCUUAUUGGGAAUGAAGCAACAAAGAAAUAUCUCCCACGUUAUGAAGCCUAUAAUGAAUUUAUUGAUCCUGGUAUUGCCAAUGUUGUCUCAACAGCAGCUUUCCGUUUUGGGCAUCUUAUCAUUCAGCCAAAGCUAUUCCGCCUUAAUGAAAACUACCAGGAACAUCCUCAGUUCAAAAACAUUGAACUGCACAAGGCUUUCUUCACUCCCUGGAGACUGAUCAAGGAAGGUGGGGUUGAUCCCCUCAUACGAGGGUUGUUGGGCAGACCGGCCAAGCUGCAGGUGCAGGACAAGAUGAUGCAUGAUGAAUUACGUGAAAAACUUUUUGAAUUGACCAGCCAAAUAGCCCUGGACCUGGGUUCUUUGAAUAUGCAGCGUUCGCGAGAUCAUGGAAUUCCAGGUUAUAAUGCUUGGCGGAAAUUCUGUGGCCUUACGCAGAUCAACAAUCUUAAUCAAUUUCGUCAAGUUAUCAAGAAUUUGAAAGUGGCAAGGAAAUUCUUCGAAUUGUACAGAACUGCAAACAAUAUUGAUGUGUGGAUUGGGGCUAUUGCUGAACCUUCGGUCACAGGUGGAAAGGUGGGCCCAUUGUUGGCUUGUUUAAUAGGACAGCAAUUCAAGAACCUGAGAGAUGGUGACAGAUUCUGGUGGGAAAAUGACGGUGUUUUUUCAGGCAGCCAACGCCAGGCUCUUGCUAAAAUCUCCCUGUCCAGGAUUAUCUGUGAUAACACCGGGAUUCAAUCUGUUCCUCGGGAAGCAUUUAAAUUCAGUCAGUAUCCAAGCGGAUAUGUGGAGUGCAACACGAUACCAGCAGUAGACCUGAGUGACUGGAAGGAGGAUACUCAAGUGACCCCCUGUGGUUCUGUUCCUGUUGUGAGAUUUGGCCAUUUCUCAAUCUGUAAUUUGGCAGUCAAAUACACCUGUAAGUCCGGAUUCAAGAUAGUGGGAGGCGACACAAUAAAGUGUCUGAGUAAUGGAAAAUGGGACUCAACACCACCUAGAUGUGCGGGUGCAAGAGUCAAGAUUUGCUCAAAAUGGAAGCAGUUAGAGAACGGAUACCUGGAAAAGGUGCAUGGAGUUCCUUGUCAGGAUGAAGGGGCAAUAGCAGCGGAGGACAACUUAAUUGAACCAGAAGAACAUUAAGAUGACGGUGGGCCACUGGAACUUAGCAAGAGAAUUAUUCCAAAAAUAUCCAAAUUUUCUGCACAACCUGCAACUGAGAAUCCAAAGCUAAUUGGACUAAUUCAAUUCUAUCAUAUCAUUUCUGAUGAACAGUGAGACUAGUCACAUGUGAAAUUUAACCCAAACAUAAAUGGGUAGGUUUAGACCGAGUUUGGAGCAGUGGGGAUUCAGAAUGUUUUAAAUUGGGUUCCAAACCAAAACUAGCUCAACCUACUUUCAGUCUGAACUGAGACAGGGAAGAGAUGGCUUAUGUCAUUUUUUUUUAGAUUUGAUUUAGAUUUUUUGUUAGCCUUCCUAAAUCUUGGUCCCAAAUCAGUGAUAGGAGACAAAAAUUGUUUGGAUCGAAGAAUUGAAUGCCCUUGUAUCUAGCUCCUGGAUUUAGUGUGACUACCUGAGGAAAUUUCACAAUCCAGCUCUCUCAAACCUUGCCCAGUUGCUCUCAGAACCCACAGCCCUCAUUAGAUCUUCAAGCCAUCUCCUGAUCCCUUUGAUCUGCCUCAUCAAAAUUGUGAACCCUCCCGAUCCCCACUUCUGACUUCCUGAUCCACAACAUUCCCUGUCUCCAACCCCAACCCUAUCCAUGAAUAGCGGCCACCCUGGAUUGCUCUCACAUACUGAUUGAUUUCUCUAUACGUGGAGUGGAAUUUUAGAUUUGAAAUUCAGCUUGCUUAAUCUGUGUAUUUUAAAAUGCUUUUUUGCAAACUCCUGUACUCUGAGAGAGGAGAGCAAUUAUUUUGUGUAUUGAUACAUUGUGUCUGAAUAGAGUCAUCUUGUGCUGCUGCUGCAGUGAUACACCUAAUCUCAAAACACUGGCAGAUUUAGUUAUCAACCAAGAAAUCAAUGAUUAAUUAGAAGAAGCAGCGUAAUUAUAUUUGUACUCAAAAAGUAAGUAAUUGAUCAUUAGAAAUAAAAAUAAUUUUAAGAUUAAUUUUUACCGAUAAAUCUAAUAGAAUUUACUCAUAACCUGAGAAGCGGCCUCUGCAAGAUACAAGGCAAAACACCUCCAAUUCCCGAAAAGCUAAAACUGUCCUUGGGUUUCACAGUCACAGACGCACAGACUAAUUAAUGUAGGCCUGCCAUUCUAGGAGAAAAGUGUAUCAUUUUCUCAUGUUAAGUCACCUUGUAGAAUGGUAAAGACCAGUUAAUUUAAGCAUCACUGGAUUAUUAGCAAAUUGGAUACUUUAAUUAAAAUGUACCGAAUGUACGGUAAAAUAAGGUUUUUGAGUGUCAUAUUUUGUGCAUGUGUGUAGAGGUUUUCCAGCUGAGGGAAUUGAUGCUUUUGUCCGCGUUAAGGCAGAAACUUAAGGUGUUUUGAAAUGUCAGAUUUUAAGAUGGUGUAGUUAGGACUUCUGUCAUUGGGAACUUUGAUAUGUAAUGUCUUGGGAAAGAAGAACUUUUUCCAUCCACAAAUGGGAAUCCAGUUGAACCAGAAGUCGGUCUUGUAUAUGAAUAUAUUGCUUUACCCUCUUUUGUAUGGAGGCUAUUGUGAACCUCUCAAGCUUAGCAUUAUCUUCUGCUUGGUACUAGAAUCAUUAUAGAAUCAUUAUACUGUAUUAUGUUCUUUGCUUAUAUUCAAUAAAAUUUGGUUUUAUGC